CUUGACGCGACCUUGAGAUCUUUGAGCCAUGGCUCCUGUAGAAAGUGGAGGAAGUUCGUGGAAUCGCAUGGAGCUUCAAAUGGUCCAGGUGGAAGAUGCGUUGUGUCGUUUGCGUCGGCAGCUGGCUUUGCGGCCACCCCUCCUCGACAAAGCCAUCGAGGAUGCGCAGCAGCUUCGUCCGCUGGCCGCUCGGGUGCUUCUUGAGACGUCACAGUCGUCCAACCAUGCGGACUGGGAACUUGCGCGGCUGAAGCCCGAGCUGAUGAUUUAUGAGAAGCAAACCAAGGAGCUGAAGCAGGAAAUUCAGCAGUUAACGGGUUUAAUCUCGCAAGCUGAAUGCAGGGAGACAGAUGUGCAACAAGCAUUGCGGCGGGCAAAGCUGAGAAAUGGCCAGUUGCUGGUUGAGAUGCAGGAUCUGAGGGAACAGCUCGAAAUGCAAAGAUCCUACCAGCAUGAGCUUGAAGUUGAAGAGCAGAUUGCCAAACAGAACAGGGAACAACAUUCCCAGCAUUCCAGCAUGUCUAGUCAAGAGAAAAAUGAGAAUGGUGUUACUGAAAGAUUGCAAGAAACGCAGAGGCUUCUUGAAGAUGCUAGAGAUCGUGCAACAGACGCAGAGAUGGAGUGUGACUCACUUCGCAAGCAACUUGAGGAACAGAAGUCAAAGACCACUUCUGAAAGAAAUGUUUCUGGCGAGGGAGAUGAGGAUGACCUUGCUGAAAAACUGGAAGAGACGCAGAGGCUUCUUGAAGAUGCUAGAGAUCGUGCAACAGACGCAGAGAUGGAGUGUGACUCACUUCGCAAGCAACUUGAGGAACAGAAGUCAAAGACCACUUCUGAAAGAAAUGUUUCUGGCGAGGGAGAUGAGGAUGACCUUGCUGAAAAAUUGGAAGAGACGCAGAGGCUUCUUGAAGAUGCUAGAGAUCGUGCAACAGACACAGAGAUAGAGUGUGACUCACUUCGCAAGCAACUUGAGGAACAGAAGACAAAGACCACUUCUGAAAGAAAUGUUUCUGGCGAGGGAGAUGAGGAUGACUUUGCUGAAAAACUGGAAGAGACGCAGAGGCUUCUUGAAGAUGCUAGAGAUCGUGCAACAGACGCAGAGAUGGAGUGUGACUCACUUCGCAAGCAACUUGAGGAACAGAAGUCAAAGACCACUUCUGAAAGAAAUGUUUCUGGCGAGGGAGAUGAGGAUGACCUUGCUGAAAAACUGGAAGAGACGCAGAAGCUUCUUGAAGAUGCUAGAGAUCGUGCAACAGACGCAGAGAUGGAGUGUGACUCACUUCGCAAGCAACUUGAGGAUCAGAAGUCAAAGACCACUUCUGAAAGAAAUGUUUCUGGCGAGGGAGAUGAGGAUGACCUUGCUGAAAAACUGGAAGAGACGCAGAAGCUUCUUGAAGAUGCUAGAGAUCGUGCAACAGACGCAGAGAUGGAGUGUGACUCACUUCGCAAGCAACUUGAGGAACAGAAGUCAAAGACCACUUCUGAAAGAAAUGUUUCUGGCGAGGGAGAUGAGGAUGACCUUGCUGAAAAACUGGAAGAGACGCAGAGGCUUCUUGAAGAUGCUAGAGAUCGUGCAACAGACGCAGAGAUGGAGUGUGACUCACUUCGCAAGCAACUUGAGGAACAGAAGUCAAAGACCACUUGUGAAAGAAAUGUUUCUGGCGAGGGAGAUGAGGAUGACCUUGCUGAAAAACUGGAAGAGACGCAGAGGCUUCUUGAAGAUGCUAGAGAUCGUGCAACAGACGCAGAGAUGGAGUGUGACUCACUUCGCAAGCAACUUGAGGAACAGAAGUCAAAGACCACUUCUGAAAGAAAUGUUUCUGGCGAGGGAGAUGAAGAUGACCUUGCUGAAAAACUGGAAGAGACGCAGAAGCUUCUUGAAGAUGCUAGAGAUCGUGCAACAGACGCAGAGAUGGAGUGUGACUCACUUCGCAAGCAACUUGAGGAACAGAAGUCAAAGACCACUUCUGAAAGAAAUGUUUCUGGCGAGGGAGAUGAGGAUGACCUUGCUGAAAAACUGGAAGAGACGCAGAAGCUUCUUGAAGAUGCUAGAGAUCGUGCAACAGACGCAGAGAUGGAGUGUGACUCACUUCGCAAGCAACUUGAGGAUCAGAAGUCAAAGACCACUUCUGAAAGAAAUGUUUCUGGCGAGGGAGAUGAGGAUGACCUUGCUGAGAAACUGGAAGAGACGCAGAAGCUUCUUGAAGAUGCUAGAGAUCGUGCAACAGACGCAGAGAUGGAGUGUGACUCACUUCGCAAGCAACUUGAGGAACAGAAGUCAAAGACCACUUCUGAAAGAAAUGUUUCUGGCGAGGGAGAUGAGGAUGGCCUUGCUGAAAAACUGGAAGAGACGCAGAGGCUUCUUGAAGAUGCGAGAGAGCAGGUCUCGAAUUUGGAAAUGGAGCGGGAUUUGUUGCGAGAGGCAAAGAUGGAAGAUCAGGACGGAAAGACCCAGCGGGAACUGGCCCUGGAACGCCGCAUCUCGCAGUUGCUGGCAGACCUUGCUAGAUCUGGCUGAUGCCAUGGGGAAAAGCUUAAGCAGUGCGGUGGCGAGAUGCCGCCGGGAAACUUGUAGGAUUGAAUCACCGUGGUUUCUCUGCCCCCUCCAAACAACUGGUAAAAAGUACAACUAGCAUCAAAUACCUCGUACGGAGUCCAAGAGCCCGCGUUUCCGGCUUCGUGUGCUCUUGGAUACAAAUCCACGGGUACAGGCUAGAAGCCCCUGUGAUGCGACACCUAUCUCAUGCAAAUUGGAAGGGUAUCAGAGGACA